AUCUACAACCUACAACCUGCGAGAGAGCUCCCUCGAGACGCCGAGACGACCGCGUCGAGAGACGACCCAUCGAUUUUCACCUGCCUAACAGCCCGAUUGCCAGGCCGAGCACGUGCACUCGGGAAAGAUGAUCACCAGGCAUCGACUAAGGAAUAACAUCCUGUUUGUAAUAUUAUAUUUUUUCGUGCAAGCGACCGACGUGAUCCACGGGCAUGGAAGAUUAAUGGAUCCGCCGUCGAGAAACGCGAUGUGGAGGUUCGGCUAUCCAAACCCGGUGAAUUACAAUGACAACGAGCUCUUCUGCGGGGGAUAUGCAGUGCACUGGCAACAAAAUAAGGGCAAGUGCGGCGUUUGCGGCGACGCGUAUCAUUUGAGUCAACCGCGUCCGCACGAAGCCGGUGGUGAGUUCGCAAAGGGGAUCAUAACUCGGCACUACACCGUGGGCCAGGAAAUCGAGAUAGAGAUCGAGUUAACGGCAAAUCAUUUCGGGCGCUUUGAGAUGUAUAUCUGUCCCAACAACGACCCGUCGCGCAUAACGACUCAAGAGUGUUUCGACUCCUAUCCUCUGUACGUGUCCGGAACGCAGGACGUCCGCUUUGAGAUUCCGCGCGAGACGGGAAAGAAGGGCAUCAUUAGGUACACGGUAACGUUGCCACCGUAUUUAACGUGCUCGCAAUGCGUCGUUCAGUGGAAUUACUACACAGGAAACAUGUGGGGCACCUGCGACAACGGCACGGAGGCCGUCGGAUGCGGCAGGCCGGAAACCUUCCGCAACUGCGCUGACGUGAGCAUCGUUACCAGCACCGGCGGAAUACCGCCGAGGUUUCUGUAUCAGAAUAUCAUUUAUCAGUUGUACUCCAUAGCUCCAAAAUUCUCGAUCGCACCGCUCGCACGGCCGCUCAGGGUUCAAGUAUGCGAGCCAACUGCGGCUUAUCGAUACAGGCAGAAUAUGACCAAUUGGUGUCAAGUAAAUUGCAUUCGCGUCCCGUCGAACUGUCCGCCGGGUGUCUGUCAUUGUCUAAAUACGUGCGACGCUAUUGGAGAUAUCGCUGAUAGACCUGGAGCGGAUCAAUAUUGUCUGAGACGCUGUAUGCGUUAUCCGUCGAAUUGCCCAACUGAUCGCUGUAACUGUUAUUGAAGCUGUAAAUUGUGACCGGUAUUGACAUCCCGCAUACAGCGCUAAAUGAAGAACGUGAACGUACAUACCGUCGAAUAGAUUAAUAAAAGGCUGAUUGUAAUAGCGUAAUUGCGCUGCUUGCGCAUAAUAUUAUGAAAAAAUUUUCUACGUAUAUAAGAAUAUUUCUCUUACCUUAUCGUGGAUGUUUCUUCCUAAAAAAAAUCCUUGAGGAACAGAGGAAGUAUACAAAGUCCACUUUAGAUUAUCCAUAAUUCGCGUCGAAUUACA